AUGGAGCGCGGCCGGCGGGGGAACCGGCGCGGGAAGCGGCGGGGCGGCCGCAGCCUCCACACCUUCGCGGCGGAGACGGAGGCCGCGCUCAGAGCUUGCCUGGACGGCGAGGGGGGCGCGGAUGGAGGCGCUCGGGAGGCAAAGCUCCCCUGCCCCCUUGCCAUGUGGGAGCUCGGACACUGCGAUCCCAAGAAAUGCACSGGUAGAAAGCUGGCCCGGAAAGGAUUGCUGCGAACCCUGCGCCUCGGRCAGAGAUUCUCGGGCGUCGUGCUCAGUCCGCUGGCCACGGACUAUGUGUCUCCCGCUGACAGGCAUAUCGUUGCUCAGAGUGGAAUUGCAGUCAUAGAUUGCUCAUGGGCCAAAUUAGAAGAAACUCCCUUUAAGAAAAUGAAGGGGAGUCAUCUGCGGUUGCUGCCUUACUUGGUGGCUGCAAAUCCUGUAAAUUACGGUCGGCCCUGCAAGCUGUCCUGCGUGGAAGCUUUUGCUGCAGCRUUUUGCAUUGUCGGAUUCCCAGAUCUAGCCACCAUUCUUCUAAGGAAAUUUAAAUGGGGUAAGACAUUUAUUGACCUGAACAAAAAUCUCUUGGAAAAAUAUGCAGCCUGUCAUUGCCAGGACGAUGUGCUAAGCGUUGAGAAGGACUUUUUAGCCAGUGUCCAAGAAACAAAAGAGGAAGAAGUAGAUCCAUUUGAUGUUGACUUAGAAAARGAAUUUUAUAAUCCCAACAGGCCAGUCAAUUCCUCAGGUCUAGCUCAAAGCAGGGAAGACUCUGAGGAAGACAGCGUGAGCAAUCCAGAUGAUUCCACUGAAAGCAGUGAAAGCACUGAUGAGAACAGUCCAGAAGAAAYAGAAGUGCCACAAGGAAUAAAAAUUCCAAAUAAUCCCGAGRAGUUGUAACACCUUGUAUAAAGAMAUUUUCUCCUGAACACUUGAGUGURUCUUGUUCACCUGUAACUUGGUGCUUUGCAAACCUCAAUCUCUAUGCAGGUUUCUCAGUCUUUUUAUACAUGAGGGGUCUAGAUUAUUUCAUUUUUAGGUAAGUACAGAAUGUUAAAUUAUUUUUUAAGGAGCUUGAAUCUUAGUUACAAGUAAAAAAUAAACAACCUUGUAUUCUAAUCRGCGUGUCUGGAAAGUGGUUUAUAGGGAUUA